UAUAAAUGAAAGGGAGGCCUGUUUCACUUUGUAAUAUGUAGAGCUCACAUAAAAUAUAUUGUAGCUGCAAUACACAGCAUUCUCAACUAUCAACCUAAUGAUGGCCCUCUACUUUAUCACAUAUAACCAAGCAAUGGCUACACAAAGAAAAACUGCCCAUGGCAGGCAUAGUAUGACUGUGCAUGUGUAUGUAUGCAUGUGUCUGUAUUAUAACUGCACUCAGCAGCUUUCUAAACCACCAGUGUCUCAUUCUUAAAUGUAACCAAAGCAAAUACAGUUCUUUAUCAAUACACUGAAUCAAGCUAACGGUACAGUAACUUCCGGGUCACACAAAUCGAACAAAUUAAAUAUCAAAAUCAAGCUCUGGCAGUGACCCGUUUUUUAUUUCCUAUUUUUGAUCUGACCAUAAAAACGAAAGAACGAAAAAUAAACGUUUGUGUUUUGGUAUCAGAUUCUUAAACAAAUAACGAAAUCGUUUUUUAAUUUUCAGAUUUUGGACUCUCAAUUGAAUAUGAAAAGAACGAAUGAUACAUGGAUUGUACACGGACCGUUAUACUUUUUACACUAUAGAUUCCCUACCAGCUGAAGGGAUGCGCUCGAUCGUGUUCAACCUGGUUAAAUUUUUCGGCACUGCUUGUUUGCGCAUGGCCAGUUGCUCUCGAGGUCUUUCUGUCCCCUCACAACAACCGGCAUCUUAGCACUACAAUGUCUCAUCACGGGAGCGUCAACACCUGGGGCGUCCAGGCAAUAUAAUGAAGGACAGCAACAUUUAACGAUAUGAGCAGAUCGCCUGAAUUUCGAUGGAGGCUUUGAAUGCUGUGGAGCUCUGUGAAUUGGGGGAUGGGGAGAAGCGAACUGUCAGCGAGGCCCCUAUGACUCUGCGACAAGCUGCCCCUUCAAGGCCUCGGACAGCCAAUGUUGGAAUCGAGAACGCAUCAUUUCAGGACGAGGAGCGUGAAACAAGGUUCAGUGACCAGGAAGCAGCCAGAUCAAGUGUUCAUCGGUCCACAUCUAAUGACAGAGACUACCAGACACAACCCCAGCCUUGUCAGCGAGAAGAGCUGUCAUUCCACUCUGAAGAGGGCCACGAGACUGUCUUCAAUGACCAUUCUGUUGACUACGGAUUCAUAUUUGCCCUGGUGUUCUUGGUGAGUGGAAUUUUAUUGGUGGUCAUUGCAUAUACCAUCCCCCGAGAGGCUAAGUUAAACCCCGACCUGGUGUCUGCCCGUCAGAUGGAGAAACUAGAAAUGUACUAUGCUCAACUGGGCUCGCACCUCGACAAGUGUAUCAUAGCCGGCCUGGGACUCUUGACUCUAGGGGGAAUGCUGUUGUCCGUCUUACUAAUGGUGUCUAUAUGCAAAGGUGAGCUGUACCGCCGGAGAACUUUUGUCCACCCCAGGAAGACCUACGGCUCGAUACACCUGCGAAUGAGACAGUUGGGCGAGGGGGGAGAAUCUCUGGUUGAAUGUGAACCUAACAACACUGGAACCACAGCUCCCACCACACGUACAGACAAAAUGCCUGUGCACAGUGGGAUUCAACAGGAGUAGCUCAAUUUGAGCACAUUUCUAUCCACAAACGGUGUCAAGGUUUGUAAUCAUUGCUUGAAGGGCUGUGUAAAAAGUGAAGCAGGCAAGGUAGCCAAAUGUCUUAAGACUAAGAGCACAUAUAAGUGUACACAUCAUGUAUUGUUGAAUAUAGGAUCAGAUGAGAAACAGACAGAUGUAAAGCACAAGAGGCACCCUUGAGGAACUCAUAGUACGCUGGUAGGGUAACUUGACAUGCUGCAAAUAGAUGUUUAUCAGCUUCUAUUCAAGACUUGAAUGUCUGGAUAAUACUCAUCACAAUGUCAAUGAACAAAACGUCAAAUAUCUAAACUACAACUGUUGUUAAUAUAGUGUAAGGAUACAAUAUGCCUUAAAAAGUUACACAUUCACUGUAAAUUGUAAACACACAUGCUUACCUACUAAUGCUCUGAUGAGCCAAAAAGCCAAGGUAAUUAUGUAGCAACUCACUGAACCGCAUGUUGGUUAAUACAAUGAGGAAAAUACUGCAGCAAGUGAAUCGUGUAGAUGUGCUUCGGAGGCAUUUGUCCAGGACAUUUACUGAACUAAAAAGAUAAUUUUAGUUAAUAACAAUGUAUACUAUAUAUAUAUCAGAUCUGGAGAACCAGCAACAGCUUUUACUCCAAAAUGUGGCAAGGAGAAUGUAUUCACACGAGAUAGAAUCAUGAUUUACUACACCUAUCCCUGUUGGAAUCAUGAUAUACUAUACCUAUUCUAGUGGGUUGCCAUAAAUAUAGCCUUUAUCUUUAAAAAGACACCAUUGGUCAAACAGAUUUCAUGGAAGUUAAGAGGCUUUCCUGUGGAAUAAUGGAAAUGGCGGAAUGCAUCGGUCUUUCAUGCUUUCUUUUCAAAUCAGCACAUUAAACAGCAGCACAUCAUUUAUUUGUUUAUUGUGAUAUUUAUUUAUUAUAAUAUUUGAUUAUAGUAUUAAAUAUUAAUUUUUAAAAAAUCUAUCACCUCCAGAUAUCAUUCCCCUCAAAAUAUCUCUAUAUACAAAAAUGUUUUAUUCAAACCAAAAGCAUCAUCAAAUGGAUUAAUGGAUAAACCUAUACGUUUCUAAAGAAAGGGGUAAGACUAAUGUGCUGGUAUGUAGGUUCUGUUUUAAUACUGGUUAUUGUAAGAAAAUGUAUGUAGAGCAACUGAAUGAUGUUAAGAGCACAAUAUAGAUGCAGUAGAUAUAUCUCAAAAAUGUGUAUUAGACAGUUAGCCAUCAGUGCUCACUGAAUUGUUGUUUAAAAGACUGCCUAGCAGUGAGGUAAUCUUAGCCAUCAACAUUUGUCUGUUUCAACACUAUCCAAAACAAUAGUUUCAAUCUUCUCAACUUGGAAUGCAUGCAGUACAAAACAGAUGUUUGUCCAUAACUUCAAAAAUCAACAGACAGUGAAAUCUUCUUUGAUUAAAAGCUGAGGCUCUUUUAUUCACACCCUAAGGCAGAGGACUUGGCUUUGUGAAUUGCUUUACAAAUUCAACAGCAGAGUUGAUAUUCCUUUAGUGUAUGUAAUGAAUUGAAUAUUUUACUUUUAUUUUGCCCAUUAAAGAAUUGAAAUACUGUGUUUUGAACUCAUUGUUAGCCAUUGAUAAGGAUACAAUUUUCUUUUCUAGGAGGAAAUGACAAAUAUCUGGCCUACUCAUACUGUAUACAAGUUAUGCAAACAUGACUAUUGUUAUAAUGCAUUUUGAAGAUAUUAUAUUUACAACAAAUAUAGACAGUGUAUAAGAGAAUAAGUUAAAACUAUUUAACAACUAUUUAUAUAAAGUAUGUAACAGUAAUCACAAUAGAACCAUUACUGGUUCAAUGUAAUGUUUGAAAGAUGAUCUCCACAUAUGCUGCUGUUCAUGUAAUAGGCCUACUCAUAACUGCGCAACCAGAGUGAUCUGGCCUUAUAGUUUUAGGUGGUGGUGCAAUCAGAUUUUUCUUGUAAUUGUGUUUUAAAUUGUCAAUAUGGUGCCCAAUGUAAUCAGAUCUAUUUAGCCGGUAUCCACAUAGCAGUUGUUUUGGCAAUGUCAGAAACUGGAUCAGAGUUUUUUAAUAGACUGGUUCCCAACCAGUGGUAAUUGGACACAUUGGUGUACUUGGCCUACGCAUAGAGGUUACUUGAGAAGACUCAUAAAAUGCACAUCAGAGGGUAAUUCAGUAGUAAUCUAUAGUUUAAAAUACAGGACAUGAUACAGUAGCCAAGCCUCCUUUACUUGGUCACUAUCAUUAGUCACAUUAGUAAUUUGUAUAUAUUUAUUUUACCAGGUAAGUAAAAUGAGAAAAUAUUCUUAUUGACACAAACAACCCUAGGAGCAAAGGGUAAAUUGCCUUGCUUAGGAGCAGAACAACACAUUUUUUACCUUGUGUUUUGGUUACUGGUCAUAUGCCUUGACCACUAUGUUGUCUGCCACCCCCAGUAAUAUAUACUAGUGUACUUGUUCUGAACUUCAGGUGUGGUUUUGUGAAGAGCUCAUUAUCAGCCGCUCACCCAUUUGAUAGCUCUGAUGUAUUUACAUCUUAGGUGUUGCCAAAUCAUCAGCAAGAAAGUGGCUGUCGGCUAUCAAACUGUGAUCUGAUUGAAUCUAAGUUGUCAAUUGGUAAUGAGCAAGAAGAUAUUGCACUGUUUGUUAUUAAAACUGUUCAUCAGAAGACCCGUUGAAUGUCCAUCUUUAGUUAAUUCUGUCCUGUGAAUGUUAGGUGAUGUUCUAAGUAAGAUGUGGAACUCAAUACAGGCACUGUUAUUGUAGGUUUUCAGUUAUUAUAUGCAAAUUCAAACACAUGCACAAAUGGAAUUCACAUUAUGCUUAGCCUGAGGUAGCCUGGCUUAUUUUUACAAUCAUACCACUUCCCAUUCUUUGUCAUGCCAGAGAUGACAAGGAGUUGACAUAGCACAAAAAUAUGGAACCAGGCUAAUUAUCACUCAAGAAUCAUGGAUGAGUGUAACCCAAAAAUGUGAAUGACGGUGGCAUUGCAACCGCUCACAUGCUUCAUUUUAUGAUGGAUGCAAUAAUCAAAGUUUGACGAUUGAAUGGCCAUUAGCAUGAUGUCAUUUUAACAUUUUAAACACAUAAGAACUCAAGAUCAUAUCACCUUCAAGUUAGUCUCCACACUGUAUACUCCAACAUUCCUGUUUGUUUUUAUCUAAUCUGAAAGUGUAUAGAUAUGCUCUAAGUUGAGGAAAACACAUUAAUGGAGUUGAUAGAUAAACACGUCCUUGAAAACUGACCUCUGAUAAUAACCAGCAAAUAAAAAUAAAACUAGCAUGAUUAAGGCUCAGUAACAAACAGCAAUGUUUACCAUUGAUUUGUUUUUUCAGAGUCAUUACUUAGUGGAGUCUUAUGUGACAGCAGCAGAGAGGAAGCGAUUAUAACUGCAUGUGGGAUAUUGUGGAAAUACAAUGCCUCUUUUUGCUGCUUUUAUGAUAUAUCUAAGAGCUGUGUGUGAUUUUUUUUUUUUAUAA